AAACCGUCCCUUUAUCACCUGUACAGGACACGGCUGAAGUGGGAGCAGGAGGAGAGGCAAGGGCGGUCAGGGAGUGGCUCAGAUAGUAGAUCAGAGGAUGGACACGACUGAUAUGGAUGAGAUGAGUGAGCUAGACGAUGGAGAAUCUGAAUUUCGAGAAGUCUGGCGGCAAAGGGACUUGGAGCACAGGAAAUGUCUGGAGGAGGCUUUCAAGGUGAUAGACUGCACUGCAGACGUUAAUGUGCAGGCCAUGUACGAUCCGGGCAAGUACUACUAUGAGGAGGAAGGCAAUGAAUUCGAGGAGUGCUGCUUUUUCCGAAUAUUUUUCGAGGAGGACGUUUUCUGGGACCAUUUCUUUGAUAGGACGGUGUUCAAUAAAUGUUGGGUUCUAGCGAGUAAUGAUUAUUUCAUGAAGAUAUUGGAUUAUCACGGGGAUAUUUUCAGAGUGAUGACACCGAUCAUGCCCAUACCAAUGAGAUUGUACAUUCUCAAAGAGCUGUUGGCAUGGUUGCGCAAGGAACAGAAAUGCAUAGGCGAUUUUGCGGAAAUUUUUCAAUUUAUUUGCCAUGUUCUUCCUGAGAACAUGGAUUUCAAGAGGCAUGUGCUCUGUCACUACAUCUAUUUCUAUUAUAAACAAAAUCUCAUUCCGUAGAAACGAGCUAGCCCGCUAGUAUAAAAUUGCAAUAAAGAAAACAGUGCCAU